UUAAGUUUGUCGCAAUCAUUCUCUGUGAACCCAAGUGCUUGGCAGCUGACGACGCAAAUGAACAGAAAUGUCAACCUCAUGUGCUGAUUUAAAAGUAUCUUCCCUGAAGGGAAAAGUGAGCCUGAUCACCGGUGCCAGCUCAGGUAUCGGCGCAGGUACGGCCGUCCUGUUUGCUAAACUUGGAGCUGUUCUGGCUCUCAAUGGCAGAAAUGUGGAAAAUCUGAAGAAAGUGGCCAAGGAGUGUGCAGAGUGUGGUGGAGGAACCGAGCCCUUACUUGUGCCAGGUGACCUCACGGACGAGGACACGGUGAAGAAGAUGGUGGAGGAUGUCAUUGUGCGUUUUGGCCAACUGGACGUCCUGGUGAACAACGCCGGCAUCCUGGCCUUCGGCGGCAUCCAGACGUCAGACUUGGCGACGUACGACAGAAUCAUGAACGUCAAUGUGAGGUCUGUGUACCAUCUGACCCAACUCUGUGUGCCUCAACUGAUCAAGCCCAAAGGCUGCAUUGUCAACGUAUCCAGCGUCGCUGGUCAGAGAUCGUCGGCUAGUGCUCUGGCCUAUUGCAUGUCCAAGUCUGCCAUUAACCAUUUCACUUGCUGUCUUGCUGUGGAACUGGCACCAAAGCAAGUUCGAGUCAACUCCGUGUGUCCUGGUGUGAUCGUCACAGAGGUGUUCAAGAGCGCAGGAUUGGGUGAUGAGGAGACUGUGAAGUUUUUUGAAAGGUGCAAGCACAGUCACGCACUUGGCCGAGUGGGCGAAGUGGACGAGGUGGCACGCUGCAUCGCCUUCUUGGCAUCAGAUGCUGCUAGUUUCAUCACCGGAGUCAACCUCUGCGUCGAUGGGGGCUACCAUGUCCAAAGUCCAUAAUAAUAAUAAUAAUAAUAAUAAUAAUAAUAAUAACACAAUGUAAAUAUGUAAAUCCAGGGAUUUUUAUUAGAACUCAAAGCAUAUGGAAUAAGUUCGCAAAUGACAAUAUUCUUAAUAUUGCUGUCCAUUCUGUUCCACCCUUUUAUAUAAAGUGCGUGCUAGUGCUGUGUCUGAUUUCUGCCAUCAUGCAAAAUCUUCAAUGAAGUUUGAUAUUAAAAUAUAUUU